CAUACUCGGGUAGAAGAGGUAGAACAAGAACCGACAAAUGAGCAUCGAGUGAUUUCCCGGGUUUUAUUCAGUUUUACAAUCGAUUUUGUAUGUGUUUGUGACUGAUGGCACCAGUAUGGCAGGGUAUAGUUUGCUGAUACAACAAUGGCCACACCAUCUGCAGUCAUUGCUGUCGCCGCUCACAUCAUCGUACUUACCCAUGCCUGUAGGGAUCCCACAAAUUGUAUCAAGUUAAAUCAUGUUGAUACAACCGGCAAACCUACGUGUGAGCUCGGGUGUAUUGAUGGAUGGUCCGGCGACUGCUGUCGGCAGCACUGUCUCGACAGGUGCAUGGCUUGUUCCUCCAGAAAUAAACGUGAAUGUACAAAGUGUGAAUCUGGUCGUUAUGGAAUCAGAUGUGAGGAUCUCUGUGGACAGUGUCAUAAGGGCAACUGUUCCAUCAAUGGGACAUGUCAUGAUGGGUGUAAGCCUGGCUUCUGGGGAACACGCUGCAGCAAUCCGUGUUCUCAACACUGCAAGGAUGAAGAAAUGGACAGUCCCUGUGAACACCAUACAGGACAUUGCAUCUAUGGUUGUAAGGGCGGAUACUUUGGGGAAUCAUGUGACGCCAUGUGUCCAGAUGACUGUGAGGGGUGUAACAGUACACACAGAGAUUGUCAAGUAUGUCGGGGUGGCCGAUGCUCCACACAGUGUAAUGACGGGUUCUAUGGUAUUGAAUGUAAUCAGUCUUGUCUACAGAACUGUAAGCAGUGUCUUAAUUCAAACACAACAUGCAAGACUUGCUCAGAUAAGGAUGGGAUGUGUUCUAUAGGUUGUAUUCAUGGUUUCUAUGGCCCGACGUGCAAUCAAACAUGUCCACAGAAUUGCAAAGACUGUAACGAAUCAGAUGUAGGUUGCCUAAAAUGUGGAAGAGAGGAUGGAGAAUGCUCUCAAGGAUGCAGGGAAGGGUAUUAUGGACGCCACUGUCAAAUCACGUGCCCUGAGAACUGUCUUCAGUGUAACACGACCAGGGACUGUGACGACUGUAUGGUGUCUCAUCGUGGUAGCAACUGCACCCUGUUAUGUCACACGUGUCCGUCCGUACGUCAGUAUAUAAACUGUACAGUGAAGUGUAAGGACGGUAUUGAUGGAGAAAUGAAUGACAUUACAACUCACAAGGCCAGUUCUAAGGACAACGAGGAUUUCUUCGGUACCAUCUCAGACCUGAUAAACGAAAAAGAGUAUCUUCUUCCAUUUUUGGCCAGUGCUCUUGUGUUGUGCAUAGGUCUCUCUGCCUUCAUCUUGUGGAGAUGCAAGAAGACCCGCAGGGAAAGACUUUCAGCGAUGGACAAUGGUUGUUUGGAAGUAAAGACGUCAGAGGAAGAAGUGUUCCAGAAAUGUGGAGACAUUUACCACGAAAUACACGAUGAAGAUCUGGACACGAACAUGUCUCUCAUACCAGCAGGACAGAGACCUCUACCCGACAGGCCCAGAUUACCCAUUCCCCUUGAAGCAGUAACCAGUGCCGUAGACCAUGCCUGUUCCUUACCAGAGACCGGUGCGAGUGGACACUCGUCUGUCGGGUAUCUGACGCCUCAACAAACGCAAGACGUAGAACAGCCAAGAUACACGUCCUCUAGGACUGAUGAUGGUGUAUACCUUGACGUUCGGCAGAGUCAUAAGCCGGAACUGGUAGGUGAAACCUCGUUUACUGUCCCAACUGGAGAAGUUGGUAGGAGGCACCUGGCACAAAGACAUUCAAGGAGAGAUAUCAGGACUAGAAAAUGUGGAACAAAGCAACUCUCUUUGGAUUCUGGCACUUGUUUUGUAACGAAUGAGGAUCCUGAAACUACAAAGAAGGAUAAAGCUGGUAACAGACUGUUCAAAGUACGUGCUCCAGUGUGUAAGAGAACAAUGCUAAACCCACGUGGGUCGUGUGAAUUUUAAGGCGCACACGAUUAUGGCGGUCUUAUAAAGUAAGGCAUUCAUAGUAUAAAGGCGUGUCAAACCUACCUGUGAUGAUUAUAGGUUUCUAAACGUCAAUUCAUAUACAGUCGUAGAUGUAGGGCUGAUCCUCCUAUAUGUGGAGUAGUUAUGUAUCUUUGAGAAUUAAAAAUUAAAAAUUUAGCUUUGUGUUCAACCUACACGAACUAAAUCAACAUUAAAUUAUUGACUUCAGCUAAUGCCAUCAUAUUGAAAGAAACUUAAUAUGAUGCGAACCGUAUAAAACUUUAAGCCGGUAAGUUAGAGUCUUAAAAAUUGAAUACCAUUUUAUAAUGCUUAUUAUCCGUAAACUGGCUAGCUACUUUUGAUAUGCUUAACCGGAUGACAUGUCUGUGGCCAUCGAGGAAUUCAUCUUCCUGUUGCUCGCUCCUGUUUCAACAGUUUCGAUACAUUCACAUUGUUCAGGUAUGAUGUGAAUUGCACUACGGAGAUGAGUGUUAAUAUUUACCGUGUGAUGAUUCAUACUGAAAUGAAACUAUUCUGGUUGCUAUUAUUUGAUUUUCAAAUAAAACUGAUCGCAAAACCAUAUAAUAAUUAGUACUUUUCAAAAUAAUAAAGCCCGUGAUAAGUUCAUAAAGAAUUGUCCUGGCAUAAAUUGAUUUGAGCCUGGCGUAACUGGAUUUCUACACAAUGAAAUGAGUGUCUUUUUAACAAUGGUCCAGCAAUAUGACGUCAUGGGGAAACAAUAAAUGGGCGCCGUACAUCGUAUACAUGUGGGGAAUUCAACAACUUUUAAAAAAUCGAAAAAAAAAUUAAAUCGAAGACCUCAAGCAAAACCUCGUACUUGUGUAUGUUAAUCAGUCGUGUCUUCUGUCAUUAGUAAAUGAAAUGGCUAUUUGUCUCUUUUGUUUGUGUUUAUGUUUGACAUUUUACAACGGUCAGCGUUAUUCAAGCCAGAUCAUUGUAGUCAGAGAAAGCAAAGGUCAAUAUUAAUGGCUGAGGUACAAGGACAAGCGUGUCACCGACCAC